AUUUUGAGUGCACCUGGUAUUUUUCAGGUCCGGCAGUCUUAGUAGCACGUUUCGGGUAGUAACUCUAAUGGAACAGUCGUAAUAAAAGGGCCAUUUUGAGACUGAUUGCUUUGGUGGUCGGAAGUGCUGUUGGAAAUUUACUAUCCUCAAAGUCAAGAUAACGACCUUAUAAUCCAAGCAAACUUCCCAUAUAGGGGAAGAAUUAUUGCUUUGUUCCAUUAUUAUUGUGAGCGAAGAGUCAGCCUUGGAUCUGAUCUGUGAAGGACGCAAUAAUUAAUGCAUCUCUGAGGUGUGCUUUCCUCGAGUUAACAGAGCUCAUUGACAUGGAUUCUUCCCAGCCAAAGCAACAACAAUGUUUUACAUUUCUCCUAAUUAACCACAUCCAUCUACGCUCCUCCAAUUCAAUCUCUUGUGACACAGGCAGGAGUUGAGAAAAUGUGCACCAGCCAAGAACACAUUAAUAUACCGGAAAUGAUUAGGAAGAAACGAGACAAGCAGUCUUUGAGUGCAGAAGAAAUCCAUUAUUUUGUUCAAGGCGUAAUAAAUCAAACCAUCCAAGAAUGUCAGAUUGGUGCUAUGCUAAUGGCAAUUCGCCUGCAGGGAAUGACACUGGAGGAGACUGUGAAUCUGACCCAAGAGAUGAAAAUAUCUGGGGUUGUCCUGGAAUGGCCAAAGGAGUGGUCUAGUACCAUGGUUGAUAAACAUUCCACAGGAGGAGUUGGUGACAAGGUCAGCCUUAUUCUGGCACCAGCCCUGGCUGCCUGUGGUUGCAAGGUUCCAAUGAUCAGUGGCAGGGGACUGGGACACACUGGAGGUACACUGGACAAACUAGAAUCUAUCCCAGGAUUCAACAUUAACAAGAGCCCAGAGGAGGUGAAACAGAUCUUGGCUACAGUUGGAUGUUGCAUUAUUGGGCAAACAGCAGAUUUGGUCCCGGCCGAUAAGAAGUUGUACAGUAUCAGGGAUGUAACAUCGACGGUGGAUAGUUUGCCCUUAAUAGCAGGUUCCAUAAUAUCGAAGAAAGGAGCGGAGUCCCUGGCUGCCCUCAUUCUGGAUGUGAAAUUUGGAGAAGGAGCUUUGUACAAGGACAUCAAUGAUGCCAGAGAGCUGGCACAAUAUUUGGUUGAUGUUGGUAAUCGCUUAGGCAUUCGGACAGCUGCUGCUCUUUCCAAGAUGGACAAUCCUAUCGGCAGAAAUAUUGGGAAUUCACUGGAAGUCAUCGAAUCCAUUGAAUGCCUGAAAGGCAAGGGACCCAAGGACUUAGAGGGACUGGUCACCUGUUUAGGAGGCCACCUACUCCAUAUGUGUGGCAAGGCUGGAAGCUUUAAGGCCGGGGAGAGCAACAUCAAGGAUACAUUGCAGAAUGGCUGUGCUUUGGCCAAGUUCCAGGACAUGCUGGUGGCACAGGGAGUGACUGCUAACUUAGCCAAGGCUUUGUGUGCGGGGAAGGACGUACUGAAACGUGCAGUUAAACAGGAAGAACUGAAAGCUGAAGCAGGAGGGGUUGUGCAGGCAAUUCAUUCUUUGCCAUUAGCCAAGGUAUUGCAUGAACUGGGAGCAGGCCGCACCCAACCCGAUCAAGCAGUCAACUGGACUGUUGGAAUAGAACUCCUGAAAAUUGUGGGCGACCAGGUUAACAAAGGCGAUCCUUGGCUUCGGAUUCAUUUUGAAGAUCCCUCCCUCAAUGAAAGCCAGAAAGUUCUUCUCCAACACUCGCUCGUCAUUGGGGAAAAGGUGGAAUAUGGUCCCUUGGUUACUGAAAUUAUCCAGGUCCAAUCACAGGGAGAGAAAAGGCAAAACUGCCCAGUUUAGUAAGAGGUUCAUAGGUAAGAUACGCAUUAUCCAGAUGCAAGUAACACAAAACUUUGGUGGGGAAAUUUGUCUUGGGUUUGGGUGCAAAAAAAGCAAUAUCCAAAUGAUUUCACCUUAUAAGGAAAACAAUGGAAUUAAGUAUCAGCUACUUUUAUAGUGGGCAAUUAAUCCCAUUUUGCUUGUGCUAAAUUACUAUUGCCCUGUCCUUCUAAACGCUAUUAAAUUUCAACUGUGACAAUUCUCCAAAAACCAGAGUGAUGGUGUUUAAAAUAAUGGAGGCUAUGAAAACUGGCAUCAACUUGAUUGGUCAUCAACUCUUUCCAUGCAUACAGUACAAAUUACUACAUCUAAUAUCUCAAAUUAUUCACAUAUUGGUGGUGUGUAAAUGGGUCCCUGGAGUUAAAUAAAUC